GCCCCUCCCUCCCCCCCCACCAUCCCACCCCGCGCCUCUCUCUCUCUCUGUGCGAGUUGAAGGCUCCUCCAUGUCCCUGCCGUUCGACUACCGCCGGCAACGACGGACUCCAUAGCGGCGGCGGCGGCGGUGGCUGCGGCGUCUCUCGGCCUUUCGUUCCUUCGGGGGGACCCGGGGCAGCAGCAGCAGGCGGGACAGCGGGCGCCAUGACGGAGUACAAGCUGGUGGUGGUGGGCGCUGGAGGUGUUGGCAAGAGUGCCCUCACCAUCCAGCUCAUCCAGAACCACUUUGUGGACGAGUACGACCCCACCAUCGAGGACUCGUACCGGAAGCAGGUCGUGAUCGACGGCGAGACGUGUCUGCUGGACAUCCUGGACACGGCCGGGCAGGAGGAGUACAGCGCCAUGCGUGACCAGUACAUGCGCACCGGCGAGGGCUUCCUCUGUGUCUUCGCCAUCAACAACUCCAAGUCCUUCGAGGACAUCCACCAGUACAGGGAACAGAUCAAGCGCGUCAAGGACUCUGAGGACGUGCCGAUGGUGCUGGUGGGUAACAAGUGUGACCUGCCCACGCGGACCGUGGACACGAAGCAGGCGCAGGAGCUGGCACGCAGCUACGGCAUCCCCUUCAUAGAGACCUCCGCCAAGACUCGGCAGGGCGUGGACGACGCCUUCUACACCCUGGUGCGGGAGAUCCGCAGUACAAGGACCGCGUGAGUAAAGACGGGCGGAAGAAGAAAAAGAAAAUCGAAAAAGAAGUGCCUCCUCAUGUAAAUUUCAUUCCCUCCCUCCUCCUGCUGCCCCCUGGCCCCCCCUGGCCCCCCUGGCCCCCCCUUCCCUCCCUGCCUCUCCCCUC